CAAUAUAAAGUUUAGCAUAUUUAAUCUACAUGCGAGUAGUGGACGGACAGUCAGAUAAACAACAUUAUGUUAGUGGAGAUUUUAGUGUGUUUUUCCAUUAUUUUGUUAUUGUACCAAAGAUGGGUGAAAAGAGAUAUUUACAAGUUGGGUGCACAGUUGAACUCUGGUGUAAGGACUUUUCCAUUUAUUGGACACAGUUAUUUGUUUUUUGGUGAUAAUCAUGCACGAAUGAAUGGUUUCCAAACUCUUGGCCGUGAUGCAAUAAGCAAAGAGAAUGGUCUGACAUCUAUGUGGCAUGGCAAUCAUUUAUUUACAAUGAUAGCUGAUGCUGAGGCUGCAGAAUUCGUUUUGAAGACAUGCCUCGAAAAGGAUGACAUUAUGAAGUUAUCCACACUCUUUGUAGGCAACGGCUCUAUAUUUGCUCCAGUGUCAAUCUGGCGUCCUCGUCGUAAAAUCCUGGUCCCUUGCUUCGGCACUCGAAACCUGAAGACCUUCAUGUCAAUAUUCGUGAAGCAGAGCGCCAUACUGGUGAACAGGAUCGGCAAGAUGGCGGGCACCGGACCUCUGUCUGCGUGGAAAUAUUAUACGGCUUAUACUAUGGAUGCUAUUGCUGAAUCAACACUCGGCUACCAAAUGGGAGCCCAGAAUGACACCCGUCAUCCAUUCUUAAAAGCAGUUGAAGAUGGACUCGCCAGGAACGCAGAGAGGGUGUGUCAACCUUGGCUGCAUAGCGACCUGGUUUAUACCAACCUGCCUAUCUACCCUAAGCUAGUGGCUUACAAAGACUUUAUGUGGGAUUUUGUGUUAAAGCUAAUAAAAGCCAAACGAGAGGAAAUUAAGGAAAAUGAUGAAAUACAAAAAAACAAUGAAGGAUAUGCAGAACGCACUUCAUCCACAUUCAUGGAAUCCCUAAUAAGAAUAUCUGGAGGUGACGGCGGUUACACGGAUGUGGAAAUAAUUGAAGAGCUGAUGGUCAUCAUGGUGGCUGGUAAUGAUACCUCGGCGGUGGGGUCCUCAUUCGUGUCUCUGAUGCUGUCGAGACACCCUGAUGUACAGGAGAAGGUUUAUGAAGAAUUACUAGAAGUAUUCGGUGACUCAGACAGAGCAGCGACGUUUGAAGACCUGCCACGUCUCAAGUACUUAGAUGCAGUGAUUCGAGAAACACUAAGGUUAUACCCUCCUGUACCAGUUAUCACCAGGAAAAUUGUAGAGGAGGUUACAUUACCAUCAGGUAUAAAAAUCGUCCCUGGUUCUGGCAUCAUAGUGAACAUCUGGUCCAUCCACCGCAACCCUCGGUACUGGGGCUGUGACGCGGAGCAGUUCCGUCCUGAGCGCUUCCUCGACGCGCCGCCCACACACCCUGCCGCCUUCAUGCCCUUCAGCCAUGGACCUAGGAACUGCGUUGGUUACCAGUAUGCGAUGACAUCAAUGAAGACCGUAGUAUCAUCAUUACUGCGGCGUUACAAACUCCUGCCAGCCACAGUACCCGACGAGAAGGGAACACAUCGCCCCAUACGUCUGAAGUUCGAUCUCAUGAUGAAAGACGAUGACGACUUCCAAAUACAAAUAGAACCAAGAACUUAAUAUAUUGAAUUAAUUUUAUGUUUAAUUAAGUUAGCUUAAUAUGCAAGGUUUUGAUGCAAAUGAGAGGCAAAAAUCGGGUUAUUAAUCGGAUUUUUGUGGAUUAUGAAACUUCUUAGGUAUUCAUUUACAGCGUAUUUUAGAAGGUGAAUAAACU